UUCGCAGAAUUCGCCAUUAGACUCUCUUCAGAGAAUCCAAACAGACCCCCACAGAGACCCACUCCUCCUCCACGGAACAAAGUCUUCGUCAAGAAGACGAGAGACACCUCCCACCUCGAUUUCCCCAAUCUUGUUAAGCUGGAGAAGGCGGGAUCGCACUCGGGUUCGAAUUCGAAUCCCGCUCCGGCUUCGGCUUCGGAUCCUAUUAAUCGGAUUCCUCUUGCUCAGGUCGUCGAGGAUUGCGUGAGACGUUGGUUCCAGGAUACGCUCAAGGAAGCCAAAUCCGGUGACGUUGGUAUGCAGGUCUUGGUCGGUCAGAUGUAUUGCAGCGGCUAUGGAAUCUCCAAAGAUGAACAAAAGGGUCGUGCUUGGAUUAUACAAGUCAUGACAUUGAACUACAAGUUCCUCACAAGUUAA